UACUGUAGCGACAUCUUGUGUAUUCAUCAGUGAGAUAUACAUUUACAGUUGACUCUGAGAAGUAUUUCAUGACAUCAAGUCUUUGAAAAAAGUAAUAGGUGGUAUCAAACGAACUAAAGGAAAAUUGGUUUUCCAUUUUUUUCUCCUUAAAUACGAUCAUCUUGAAUGUUUAUAAAAUUUUAAACGUGCACAAUUUAUUGCUAUUGAAUACAUAGUCAUGCUUACAUAUUUUUCAUUUUUUUAACGAUAUUAAACAAUUAUUCUUUUAUUUCAUAUUUCGUCGUUUAAACAAAAAUAGCAAUAUAUAGUGCUUACGUUUUAUGACGACACAUACGAAAAAGGAUACUAAUUUUUCUGUCAAUAAACGUAAAAAUGGAUGUUAAGCGAAAACGUUCACGAAGAAAAACUAAUAAAAAUAAAACAGACAGUGGCACAGAAGAUAAAGUUAUAGAAUGGAGUGAUGCAGAUAAAAGGACUCUAUUAGAAGCACUCAAAAAACAUGGUUCCAACAAUAUCACUGCUAUAUCAAAGAUGUUGCCAUGCAUAUCUCCUGAAAAUAUUAAGUUAAAGAUAUCUGAAUAUUCAACUAUGGCAAACAACUUAUAUGAAACUGAAAUAUUAGAUGAAUGGUUAAACUCCGGUAUAUACAAACCUGGUGACAGUUUAAUACCGGAAGCAUUAUUAUUUAUAUAUUUAUUUGAAGAUCAUCCAACAACAGAGGCAGAUGGAUAUGAUUUCAGAGCAAUAUAUAAAUUUCUUUAUCGUUCAUGUUUCGAACAACCGUCGCAUCUUGAUCUAUCAGAAAAAGAUUUAAAUUUACUUUAUUAUGCAUUGUAUAAAGUACAAAAUAAAGUGUGGCCAAACUACCGAAAAGAAAUUUGGGAGUACGUUGGAAAAAUUUAUAACAAAAAGAACAUUAAGAAAGUGUAUCCAGGAAAGACCACAGAUUCCUUAUAAUGUUCAAGCUUUAAUUUACACAGUUAUAUACAUUUGCAUUGUUUAAUACUUUUUUUAUUGUAAGAAAAGUAUAUAUUUGUAUAGAGAAUUUUUUAAAUAUUUAAUUAAACUUAACAACUGUAUUUUGUUUCUUAUAAUAAUAGAACAAUGAGCAUCGAAAAUAUGUAUAUAAAUGGAGUAACUAAGAUUAAUUUUUGCAGUGUGUACACUUUUUUUAUCAAAAAUAAAACAGAUAAUUUUUUUGUUUGUA